AUGGCAGACCUACAAGAUCAGUCAUUUUCGGGCUCUGCUGGACUGGACACCCCAAUCCCGGCCUCGAUCAUGUACGACGCGGACCUCUCCAAAAUCUUCUCCGCCCUCGCUGCGCCUCUCCUGCAGAGCCAAGAGAUUGGGUUGUCGGGUGAAGACUUGGCGAGUUCUGCGGAGACGAAUGCUGAAGACUCCACGCCGCGUUGCGCUGAGGACCAAGACGGCGCUUUGGCAGACGCUUGCGGCAUUCGACCCGGCAAAGGCUGUCAGGCGUCUUUGAGUGACCAGUCGCCGCCGUGCCAGGGAGACUUCGCAAGCGACCUGACCUUCGCCGCCCUCCAGGCUCUGGCGGGGCAUCUGGAGGGCCUCUCGAAGGGGGUUCGUGGCGACGCCGCGACGCACCCAGGCAAGAGCCGCGAAAAGUGCUCGUCGCGUACCAGAACCCAAGGCGAGAAGUACUGCGCGUCUGAAGAAGCUCUCCGGAGAUUUGCGGCGAGUGACAACGUUGAAGCGUCUCGCGUGUCUGUCGCCUCGGGACGACAGAGGUGGGGAGAUGAGAGAGGUUGCGGAAAGGCGGCGCUGGACGUGGAAAGAAGUGCUGACUCCUCGCGCUCCGUCGACGCCUUGCACCCGGAGAUCUCCAGAGACCUCCGACUGGAAGGGCUGUCUUCAGCGAUGGCGCUGUUUGGCGGCCGCGGGCUGAAGCGAGCGGCAUCCGACACUUUCGACGGAGAGGGAUUCGAUACCUCGCCCACAGACAGCACGCGCUCGUCCGGGGAUGGAUCGCGGAGUGAGAGGCGGAAGAGCCCCAAGAUUGGAGACAUGGACUCGAGGAAAAGGAGCGACUGCGAAAUCCUGGGCGUCGACCAGCUUCUGAAGGAAGACAUGGAAGACGUCCUCGAACUGGAACAAGCUACCUCACAGCUGCUGUUCAGCGACAGCGACUCUGGAGCUUGUUUGCGUGAGACGCCACACAAGUCCCAGCUCUCCAGGGGCCUGCUUGACCUGGCAUCUCCCGCUGUCAGAACUUUCGACGUGCUCGCGUCAUCGCGAUCGCCACAUUUCGGUUCGGGUGUCAAGGCCGGACCGACUGGGGGACAGGCGUCGACGAGCGGGCUUCCGAGCAUCCUGCCUCGAUCGUUCCGCAGCCGCAGCGACUACCUUUCGUUGUGCAGUUUGCAGACUGGAUCCUCGGAUCUAGGAAAAGAACGGGAGCCUCGGAGUCUCGACGAGCUCAAGUCUCUCGCUGGCAACGAAGAGCUGGGCCUGACGGAGAUUCACAUUCUCGCCGAAGGCCUGGCCAGAGAAUUCAUGGAGACAUGCUGUGCGAGGCUGAGGCCUGAGGGGUACCGUAACUGCCGCCUGAAGUACCGUCGGGACAACUUGUCCUUCACCGUCGUGUCCUCGAAGGGUUGGUCAGGAUGCAACAGUCCGCGGGAAGACGGUCGCCAAGGAAGAUGUACCCCCAGAUCGGCCUUGAAGGAGGGGCCGUGGUCGGCAGGGGCUGGAAUGUUUGUGGCUCCUUUUGGAUCGGCCGGAGGCAACAGUGGACUGCUGGCAAACGCAUGUGGAGAGCCCCGCCAGUCUUGUGGGUCAAGUCCUAUGGGGGAGAGCGGAGUCAACGACUCUACUGUGGCAGCCGUCGUGAACGCGUUUUUGAAAGCCACGUCUAUCCUUGCGGAUGCGACAGCGCAGCAGCCUCGAGAGCGACUAGGCGCAGGCGACGGCACGCGAGGAUUUAGGUCCUGGUCCAACACCAAAGCGGAGUAUCAGUUGGAGGCUUUCCGCAGAUCGGCGUAA